UCGGUGUUGCGGCGGGCCAGUCGCUGGUUGUUGCUUUCUACUGGUGCAUCUACUGCUGUCGUCGUCAUGAAGUUGUUGUGUGACAGCGUCACGUGACUGGUGCUCACUGCGAGUGUUUCUGCCGGGAAAUCGAGAAUUGUGGCACUGAGUUUGUGAUUGGCAGGAGCGAGCGUUACAAGUUUCUUGCACGAGUGGUCCGCGGGCGGGAGGGCUCCGCAAAUUUCGUGCGUGUGUGCCAACGUCCUCGGUGUUCAAAGUGACAACUCUUUGGGCAGUGUGGAGUGCUAAUUCCUUUUCCUUGUGCGAUCGGAAGCGGCCUAACGUUAUUUCCGGUUUGUGCAUAAAACUAGGGAGCGGAGUGCGCGACUGUGUUGUUUCUUUUCGACGAGCGCAAGUGGACUAUCGGAUUUUCACUCGGCGGCGUAAAUUGUGCGGUUUCGAAGGAGAAGCUCCAACGCCGGAUUGGAUUUGCAUCGACUGCACUAGGAGCCGGCUUGCUUACUCCGUGGAGGAGCGACUUACUGGGAUAAAAAAUCAAGCAUGGAUUUUGUCGUGCUCAGGGUGAACGGCCGAGACGUCUCGAACGCGUCGCACGAGGAGGCAGUGGCAGCUUUCCGCGCCGCCUCGGAGCCCAUCGUGGUCGAGGUGCUUCGGAGGGAGCGACGGAACGGAACCGGAAGCAGCUCGUCAGACUUCGGCGGAAGCGGAAGUAGCUGUGCCGGAGGCCGCGCCGCUAAGCAGGCCGUCGUCCCUUCGCCUUCCGGUUUGUCCCAGGGCUACAUCGACGCCGCGGCGCAGACCGAGUUCCCCUGGUGGGCACCGCCACCUUGGGAAGGCUCGCUCCUCCCAAACGGGCUGAGCAUACCACCUCCUCCACUGAGUCCCCCGAGUAGGAACGAAGACCAAGAUGACGACGAUGGCUACGACAUCGAAUAUGAGGAAGUGACGCUAAUUAGGAACGGAAACGAGAAGCUGGGACUUACGCUCUGUUACGGUGACCCGGACGAGCAAGAGACGGAAAUUUAUGUAGGCGAGAUUGAUCCAAGAAGCGUUGCUGCGAAAGACGGCAGACUACAAGAAGGCGACCAAAUACUCCAGGUUAAUGGAACGGACGUCCUAGGUAGGGAUCAAGCUAUCGUGCUGUUCUCGGAACAGAGGCCCGACUUUACGCUGCUCGUAGCAAGGACACACGUCUCCGAAGAGUCGUGUAGCGAAGACCACUCCAACUUUUCUCUGCCUCGCCGCCGUUACAGUUCUGUUCUGGAAGAAGAUGAAGACGAAGACGGGAACGAGAAAGAUGCCGCUACCACACCAAGCAAGGCCGACGCGCUACUGCAGACAAGCUUUCAAGAAGAGCUGUCGGAAACCGAAACUCAGGUGGGCACGCCGCUGCCGGACAACGACCUCGAGAUGAGCGUUCUGGCCAACGAGUUCCAGAGGGUCAUUCUAGACAAGAAGGCCGCCUCGGUAGAGCAAUGGCUACACCAGGGUUCCUCGGGACUGCCCACGUCACCGCAGAAGUGGGACGCUGCCGACAGCGGGUCGAGUGCCUACCACACUGGUGGAUCAUCGUCCGCCUCGCCACCUACCCUCGAGCUGGGCGGGAGGUCCGGCUCCCUGCUGUCUCUAGCAGGUGCCCCGGUAUCAACGCCCGUGUAUCCUUCCUUGCCUCCCAUGACCAGGACAGGCACCGCCGUGGUGUCCUCGGGACACGGCAUGGGACCCACGGAGGACAAGUCAACUCAGCUGCGAGACUCCGACAUGCAGAGCCUGACGAGCUGCGAGUCCUGCAGGUGCCAUCUAGACUUUGCCACGUCUCCGCGACGACUCCCCAAGACUGUGAGCGAGCCGGCGUGCGUCCGGCGCGGCUCUUCGGUUCCCGACUACGCCUCCCUCUACCCGACCAUGUACACGAACAAACAGAACCUGCAACACACCAUGUGGCUGCAGCAACACCUGUUCCGCGAAGCCCUGGCGCGACGCAACGGUCGCGUCCACGCGACCAAGACGUCGUCGUCUUCCGUUGUCGCCGCCUCAACGUCAACGAAAAAGGACCAACUGGUCUACGCCACUACUGGCGGUGGUGAACAACCAGGCGGUGACGAAACGGACCUCAAGUCUCAGUGGAAGGUGAAGAGGAGGGCCGACGGGACGCGGUACAUCACCAGGAGGCCGGCCAGGACGAAGCUGCUGAAGGAACGCGAGCAGAAGAUUCUCGAAGAACGCAGCGGUCUCACGACGGACGAUGACAACCACUCGGAGUUGAAGACCGGAAAGUACUGGACCAAGGAAGAGAGGAAGAGGCACCUCGAGAAGGCCCGCGACCGCAAGAAGAAGGAGAUGAUGCUGAAGCUCAAGAUGGCGAUCCUCAAGGAGGCCCACGAAGGUUCGGGCACCAAGAAGUCCACGACCAGUGCGGCGUCUCGAAAGAAACGCGAGGUAUCGCCUUCCCCAGAGUCCCUGGUCGGCGUCGUAGGAGACAAAGCGUUCGGGCUUCUAGCCGUCACGACUGUGUAGGGACUAACAACGUGAUGUUCGAGUGAUGUAAGGUGUUCAUUUGAAAGAAAACUUUCUUACGAAUGUGGGGUUGAGAAUGUCACGGAACUGCUUCGUGAACGCGCAUUUGGGCCUUGCAGCCAUUGGGACGGUUAAUCAGCACGUGGUGUUCACUUGAUGAAACGUGUUCGCUUGCUGAAACAUUCAGAGGACAGCCGGUACUGUGUGGUUGAACUUGAGGUAUUCCCGUUGUAGAAGUAUCUGUAAACAGGCAUUUCUUCCUGCUAGCCGUAAAAACGGGUUAUCGGCGCGUCGUGUUCUACUAAUUACGGUCGUUUUAAAGCUUAUUUCGCAACUUCUAGACAUCGCGAUGAUGUAGGUGUGAAACGCCAUCUUCACUCGUUGGAAUUGUGGCGAAGAGGCGGAUUUAUACCUUGGAGCUACUUGUAACUGUGCAAGGACCUCUCGAGUUCGAUUGACGGUAAUCUGUGACCAGGGAAUGAUGUUCUAAUCUCUAGAUAUAGCUUUGUGCUUGUUUCUAUGCUAGCGGUCAGCGUUUCAGUAUUGUAUCAAUUGCUCUACAAUGGCAUACAACGUGAAUGACUGUUUGGGAACGACAUGUUUCUCGAAAUCAAUGUGCGCACUACUAGCGGGUGCAUCUUGUGUUUGUGGAACUACACGACAUGCUGUGAUGUGUAAGCCUGCUAAUCACGAAGGCAGAAUAUCGCAUUCAUAUGUCGAAAACAAUGCCUCUAUUGAGCGCUUGGUCGGCAACAACGUCUGCCGUGAAAACCUCUAACUUCACUCUCACAUGUCCAGUCAUAAAGGAAGGUCUUAUUGUACAAGUAAUAAUGUCACCGACAACGAUCAGAACCAACAAAAACAGAUGAAGUAACCAACACUUCAGAUCCAGCAUCUCCGCCUGAUCUUGAUUGAAUUUGUUUAGCCGUGUGGUGCAAGUUAUCAUACUGAGAUAGAGAGUUAGGUGGAAGCUGUUUAAUUGAAGGCAGAUAUCCAUCACAUUGAAACAGACAUUACUUUAGUAUGGGCGUGUUCUCUUUAGUGCAAAUUAAAAAAAAAAAAAACUAAGAUGGGCACAUCAAGUGUGACCAGCACUACGUAAAUCAUGGAAAGCUUCUGCCAAGAGCCAUAGUUGGGGCCAAGAUAUUUGUCCUAAGGCAGAUAGUUUCCGAGCACCACAAUGAUUUCGUUGUUAAUCCGUGCUAUACAACUAUGACUCGAAACUCAAUGCAACCGGUAACAGUGCUUCCAACCAAGCUUCUGAAACACACAAACUUUAACCGAGGUUUUCAGCGCCUUGCGGUGUAUCUGUGCUGGUGUAUGACUUGAAUGUUUCAUUACACGGCUGCUGGCAUUCGCGUGGGAACAGAACAAAGACCGGCAGGUUGCUUAUACACCUGUCGCGACUGUAUCGCUUGUAUGUAUGCUUCGGGAUUGCGUCUAGCGGCUUCGUUUCUUUUCUAGUGAUGACAACAACGAAAAGAACUACCAAAAUCCACGUUCUUCCCAGCCGUGUGUAAAAAAAAAAACGUCGUAUGCCUCCUCCUGCGAAGCAUACGAGCGUGUUUUAGUGUUGUACGCUUCCAGCAUGCACCCUAGUCCCAUAGUCUUGAAUGUGCACUACGUUAUUUAUGACCGAUAUUAUCGCUGUACAUUUUUCUGUUCACUUUUUUUACGCAGUUUCCAGAGUAUAUGUCAUCGCGAUAAAGAUAGAUUUCAGUGUUGACCCCCUUUGGCUACGGAUGGCUUACUUCCUAAGCUGGUGUGAAUUCCUUCCAGUCAUUGUUAUGAGCACCCAAAUGUCCCGAGUGUUAAUACCUACGAUUAGAUAUAAGUAAUAUAAAAAUACCGGGAGUCAUGUCCAUAUGAGCAUUCUCUUUCAAAACAUACGGCAGUACACAAUAGAGUUUCAGAAAGACACGAAAAAAUUGGAAAUGGAAAUUACUGAGGGCGACAUGUGCUUUUGGGCGUAGACCAUCCGUUAUCGUCAAUUAUACAUGCAAUGUUACACAAGCCAUGGCAGCUAUUUUGAUUGGUUUUACGGGGAGAACAUUACCUUCACCGUACGGUGAGUAGAUUCAUGAAACACACGUCACGUACGUUGUUACAUGACAUACGGGCUUCAUAUAAAAAUUAGAACAAUGCGGCUCCACAUGGCUUGUAAUUGAGACGCAUAUUAAAGGUGCAUACAAAACGUUUUUCAUGCUGGAGCCAUGGAGAAUGAGAGAAAAUGCGAUGAUACAACCCACGUUGAGUGUAGAUUUCGCACUGCAGAAAUUUGAUUCUGUGAAACCCUGCAUGCUGCCUCCGCAAUUCUCCCGCCACUUGUGUAUUGUUGUCGUGUACAGAGCUAGAUGUAUAUAUGAGCGCAAAGUCUUGAAAAAUCAAGUUUUCUGUGCAUCGUAUUUAAAGAAUUUUCACGCAGGUUUGUACAAAAAAAUCUAUUUGCGGCGGCGAGCGAAUGGCGCGGACGUGCAGCGUCGUCUCGCUGUCCGAGAAUGGUUGUCAACGACGAAUAAGUAAUCCAAGAGAGGAAAUAAUGCUAAUAAAGAGGAUUCCUUGAGUCCUUGUCUCCUGUCGUGUUCUCUACGUCACUGAAGUGUUACACAGAAAGCGUAAAACGACGAAAUUAUGAAAAAUUCACGAAUUUCAGAAUUCAC